AUCUCAUCAUCACGUCGACACAAUUGUGCAACACUUUCCUCCCCAUCACAAGCCAGAAACCCCAAGCCUCACAGCAUCCCGAUAGCAUAUCGUCUCUGUUAAUCGCAACAAUGGCAUCGGUAACCUCGCAAUCCCACCCACUCCUGCUCGCGACUAGUGCAGCCUACGGCGUGCUAGCCCUGGGCCACACGAUGAAAGGCCUUGAUCAAUUCAAACAUCCAACCAUGAACACGCUUCCGCUAGUGCUCCGGGGCGCCUCCAAGAUUGGCUGGUACGAAGGCAGUGGCUUCUUUGUCAUUAUGAGCAUCCUCAACUACAAAUGGUCGCAGGUUGGAGUGUACGACAUUUAUGACAAGAGCAUUGCUGCCAUCUUGACAGGCCUCUUGGCUGCCGCUGGUGCGGCUUAUUGGAAAUCCAACGACAAGCCCACCGCCCUGACGCUGGCUACCGUGGCUAUCCUGCAGGGUCUUGGCGUGAGGAACGGGUGGUACCAUCGCUCUUUCUAGACAACCGCGUGCUUAGCACGUCUCAUCCCUAUCAGCGUUACAUUGCAUGCUCGAUAUCGUACUUUGACCAAAGUUUAAGAGAAUGCAACCAUUAUUACU